UUCCGGUGACCCUUGCGCGUCCUUCUGUGUGGCCGCUGCUGAUGAGCCAGGGUUGAGGAAGACGGUCCGAAAUGGGGCUGAGUGACGAGAAGGCGUUGGAAGGCUGGAAUGGGGAUCCUGAGGAGGAGGAGGAAGAAGAGGAAGAACUUGUGGAUCCAUUAACUACUAUCAGGGAACAAUGUGAGCAAACAGAAAAAUGUGUGAAGUUUCGGGAACUUCUAGAGGAGUGCGAUGCUCGAGUGUCAUCAAGGUCCCACACGGAAGAGCAGUGUACAGAGGAGCUCUUUGACUUCUUGCAUGCUAGAGACCACUGUGUGGCUCACAAACUCUUCAGCAAGUUGAAAUAAAUGUUCUGCAAGCCUAACUCCUCCCCUCCUGCAUCCCUGAUGAAAACCUGAGCAUUUCUGAGUAAACAUGCUGCUUUACAUCUGUGGCUUGAGAAUGUGGAAGUUGGCAGUUGUGACGGAACCAACCAUCAGUUGUAACUGACUGCAAAGGAGUUCCAACCCAGAUUCCUCUCAUGUUCUGUGGAAGAUCCAUGGUUAGCAGUAUUUCUGUGGCGUUCCAUAUUAAACAUAUUUCUUGUGAAAAUGUUUGAAAUAUUACAGCAUGUUUUGCAAUUAAACAUACAGAAUUAAGAAGUACUGCAAAGCAGUCAAUGUUCUUUGCAUUCUAAACCAUUUUAUCACACACCGGUUUUAACUUCCUGUCCUAAAAGCAAUGGGUAUGUGAUAUGACUAGGUCUCUGUACUUGCUGAUACAGCUUAGGAAACACAUUAUAUGGGGGGUGAGGGGAAGGAGACAACUUUCUCUACCUGCCUUUUACCUCCCUUAUCAUGAACUUUCUAUUUAUU